CCUUCAGAGUGAGGAAAAGGCAAUGACCCAACUGAGUGUCCGUCGCUGGACGCCCAAGCAUGUCGCCAAGUGGCUGAGGGAAGAGGGCUUCUGUGACUAUGUGGACCUGCUAUGCAACAAGCACCGACUGGAUGGCACCAGCCUGCUCGCCCUCAGCGAGUAUGACCUCCGCUCACCACCUCUGGAGCUCAAGGUGCUGGGGGACAUCAAGCGGCUGAUGGUGUCCAUCCGCAAACUACAGAAACAGAACAUUGAUGUGUUGGAGGAGCUGGGUCUUCCCUUUGAUGGCUCUCCCACAGGCACCGGAGGCAGUUUGGACUGGCUGUGUAAUGGAGAGUCAGGCAGAGACUGUGACAGCACUGACACCGCACCAGUGGGAGAGGAGUAUCACCAGUACACUAAUGGGAAGUACAAGCUGCAGAUGAGGCGCCUGGAUCCAGAGUACUGGAAGACAGUGCUAAGCACCAUCUAUGUGGUAUUUGUGUUUGGGUUCACGUCCUUCGUUAUGGUCAUAGUGCAUGAGAGGGUGCCUGACAUGCGCACAUACCCUCCGCUGCCAGAUAUAUUCCUAGACAGUGUGCCUAGAAUACCAUGGGCCUUUGCCAUGGCAGAAGCAUGUGGAGUGAUCCUCUGUAAUAUCUGGGUGCUGGUUCUGCUGCUUCAUAAACACAGGUCUAUCCUUUUGCGGCGCAUGUGCAGCCUCAUGGGGACGGUGUUCAUGCUGCGCUGUAUCACCAUGUUUGUCACCUCCCUGUCUGUGCCAGGACAGCACCUGCAAUGCUCAGGAAAGAUGUAUGGUGACAUGUGGGCCAAACUACAGCGAGCUGUGGCCAUCUGGAGCGGUUUUGGGAUGACUCUGACAGGAGUGCAUACAUGUGGUGACUACAUGUUCAGCGGCCACACUGUGGUCCUUACCUUGCUCAACUUCUUUGUCACAGAGUACACCCCACGAAGCUGGAACUUCAUUCACACGUUGUCCUGGGUCUUGAAUCUCUUCGGCAUCUUCUUCAUUUUGGCUGCACAUGAACACUACUCGAUUGACGUCUUCAUAGCGUUCUAUAUCACUACCAGACUCUUCUUGUACUACCACACUCUAGCCAACACCCGGGCCUACCAGCAGAGUCGACGAGCUCGCAUCUGGUUCCCCAUGUUCUCCUUCUUUGAGAGCAAUGUCAACGGGCCCGUCCCCAACGAGUACAGUUGGCCUCUCUCUAGACCUGCUGUGAUGAGGAGGCUUAUUGGAUAAUGAACAGCAGCAGCAGUACUGUCAGACACGUCUUAGCCUGUGCUGUCUUAGUCUGCUUUGUCAAGUUGCCAACUGAGGCGGUGUGUGAUAUCUUCAUCAACAAAGACUACUGUUGUGAUCCUGUUAGCACCAAGGCCUGAUGGGAUACACAGAGCCAUACCUUCUUAUAUUCCGGGACUUGUCUUCAAACCGGCCUCCCCUGCCACCAUUUUUUAGGUGGAUUAAACAAAAUCCAGAAAACACUGCAGAGGUUCUUAAAAGCCCCAUUAACACUCUUUGCUUGAUUUGAAAAGUGACCACAGUGGAGAUAUGUCUCAUUUAUUGGUUGUUUAUUUGUCCUCUAAAGGGAUAUCAUUUAACGUAGCAUUAACUGCAUUUUUCAGUACCUCUCAACUUAAAGACUUACUCAUAUGUUUGUUAGAGUAUAUUUGGAUAGCACAUGAUAAAAGGAAGCCACAUCGAAACAUUCUCAGGCAGCAGUGUCCGUAAUCCUUCACAGCAGUUUGCCAUUUUCUGUGCAAUUAAAAUACCUAUUAAUUUCAGUGCUAUGAAUCUUAAUUCUUGACUGAAAGUUUUGGCUCACCUCCCACUUUGUAAUUUAUCAAAACAUAACUCUAUAGACCACUAUUAAAGCAAUAUGUAAAUAUCUACAUUACACUUGCUUUUUUCUAUAUAGCAAAAUGUUCAUCAUGUUGAGAAACGGGUGUUACUUCUUUGCCAUUGUUUGAAAGUCUUUCAUUCCUUGAAACAAUAAUUACAUGUUGACAGUGUUACUAAAUGUGGAAUGUAGAGUAAUUCAUGGCUCACUGAAGGAUACAGUAAAGUAUGAUAAUUUAAUUAUCAGCCAAACACAUGUAAUCAAAGAUUUAUUUCCAGCUGUCUUAAAUAUAAUUCCAAUUGCCAAUUACCUUGAGUGUUAUGAUAGGUUUCUCUGUGUAGAAAUGUCCCAAAUAUUUCAUGUUUACUGUUGGAUAGUUGUGUAGUGCUUUUUUUUUUUUUUUUUUUUUAAAUCAUCAUACAGUGUAAAUGAUAAUCUUUGACAUUAAUCUGUAGUAAUCGUUCUUGAAAAGGAUGCUUAAAUUUGUAUUUGUUAAUAUUAAUUUAUUUCGUUAUUUCGUAACAGUCAAUAGGUAUUUUUAUAUUUCAUACAGUGUUACAGCAACAUGCACAUGGAUAAAUAUGUUUACAGUUGCUCUUAACUAUGUAUUUAUUUGAAACACAAUGUGCUUUUUAAGUGUAAUGUGGAUUUCAGAUGGCCUCUACAUUUCACUGAGAGUGAAACUUGUAGUAAGAGAGAUGUUGUAAUUGAUGUGGUCAUUACAUCAUGUUAGAGACAUAGUAGAAACAUGGUUAUUCUAAAUGGAGAUGACAGUAUACAACACAUCCUUUCAUUGUGAAAUGAUGGUGUUCAUAUGCUCACGCAACAACAUUACUUGUUUUGUGUCUCAUUCAGUCAUUUCCAUCAUUAAAGAACUAAAAUGUAA